UUUUGCCUUUUGCUGAGGGGGGCGAAUUUUGUUCUUUUUUGGUUCAAAUUUUUCGAAUUUUUGUUCGAAUUUUUCUUAUUUUUUUCGAGAGUCUUAAAAAAAAAGUGUCAUCUAGUCCUUGGUUUUAUAUUUUUUCGGAUUUGGUCGAAUUUAUUUUCGAAGAGUCAAAAAAAAGAAGAGAGGUCCAUGUUGUCAAACCGUGAAAGAGUUCAAGCGUUGGAAGAUAGUUUGAAAACCGUUGGAGAGAGCCAACAUAUUACAAACGAAAACAUGGGAAGGAUCGAGCUUAUGGUCCAUGAUCUGGCUGGGAAGCUCGAACGCAUGACACACCGACCACGGCGGAGUCGCGAGGCACGAUCCACCACGGUGUCGAGCAGCGUGGGGACCGAACACAAGAACGAUCGGCGAUCGCAGGCAUCGCACCAUACAAAACUUUACCACAUCACAGGAAAUACAAAAACAAAUAACCUCACCAAGUUUCAGCUCAAAAUUCAUUCGGAAGCAUUUUUAAAUAAUAAAGCAAAAUACUGUGUCAAAAUCCGAC